AAUGCACUCAGGGCUCUGCACAGAAUCGAAACCAAAGAAAAUAAAAUCACAUUAGGAACAGUUGUUUAUACGAGAGAAGAAGGAAAGAAAAUGGAUAUCAGGCUGAUGGGAUUGGACUCUCCCUUGUUUUCCACUUUGCACCGAAUCAUGGAUCUGACAGAGGACGCAGAGAAGAACUUAAGCGCUCCCACACGCACGUACGUACGAGAUGCAAAGGCAAUGGCUGCCACUCCUGCUGAUGUGAAAGAGUAUCCGAACUCUUACGUGUUUGUAAUCGACAUGCCUGGUCUAAAAUCUGGAGACAUCAAGGUGCAGGUGGAGGAGGACAACGUGCUGAUCAUCAGCGGUGAAAGGAAGAGGGAGGAAGAGAAAGAAGGAGCUAAGUAUUUGAGGAUGGAGAGAAGAAUGGGAAAGUUCAUGCGCAAGUUUACACUUCCAGAUAAUGCCAACACUGAUGCCAUAUCUGCCAUUUGUCAGGUUGGUGUGCUUACCGUCACCGUCAACAAGUUACCUCCCCCUGAACCCAAGAAGCCCAAGACUAUUGAGGUCAAGAUUGGUUAAAUUUCUUGAUUUUCAAGAUGGUCGGUGACAUUACACUACACUUAUCUCUACCCCUGUUUGCACUGCACUACACCUAUCUCUAUAUGUGCCUUCAUGUUCUUCAUGUGUCUUUUCUUCAGUUUUUGUUGUUCGUCUGACUAUGAAUGUGAUCUGAAUGCAAUGCAGUGAUAUAAUGCAUUUUGAAGUGAA